AUAUAUUAACAACUGUCGGAUCAAUGAGUCAUCAUAAAGGAGAUAUUUUUAGAGUUUUUGCAUAUGAAAACAAUACAGUUGUUAAAAAUGCAUACGGCAGUAAAGUCUUGUCUCCUGGUACAUACACAGAACUGAUAUUGGAUAAAAAUCUAACGUCGUUUAUUAACUGCAGUAAACGUUGUCAAGUCGUACAAUACAUUAUUGGGAAAACCAUUGGUGGAAGAUAUGCUGACCCUUCAAUGAUAGUGCUUCCUUCGAUUAAACAGUUUUUACCAUAUUAUCGUGUUAUGGCAAGUUAUGCUUCAACUUACUUCAGUUCAGUGACAAUUACGAUUGAGAAACGUUAUACGAACGGUUUGUAUUUUGAUGAAGUUCAAAUGUCUAAUUUAACCUGGUUGAAAGUAACGGGGACAAAUUACGUUUGGACAGUGGUUGGUAUGGCUGGAACAAAAGUUGCUACAGUUUAUCAUUCUUCACCGGCAGUAAAGUUUGGAUUGUUGGUGUUUGGCUGGUACUACUCUGAUUCUUACGCGUACCCUGGCGGAUUUGCACUUGAUCAAUAUAAUAAAAGGCAAGAACAAGCGCAUAAAGUGGCAUCGAAAAUGGCGACUUUUCGAGACAAACUGACAAACUACGGGAAUGAGUUUGUUGUGGGAUUUACAUCGUUAUAUCGGUCCGCGAGUGGUGGUCAAAUUGGAAUAGCUAUUGUGGCCCAUUUUGAUACGAACAUUACCAUUAAAACAGAAUCCGUGACUAAAUCAUUGAACGUAACUUUUCAUAUGAAAGAAGGAGAAUUUUUACAAUAUAAUCUGCCGUUGUCUCUUCGAAUGAAUGGAAAACAAAGUAAUGGCGUGUUUGUUUCAUCAACGGAGAGCAUUUCAGUAACGUGUUUAGACUACCGGUACAGUUCCUAUGGUGGUGAUGGAUAUUUAGCGUUACCAACCUACGCACUGGGCAUCAUUUACGUUGUUGCUUCUUAUCAACCAUACGAUUAUUAUUCUCGAGCUAAAAUUGGCAUUGUAGCUGUACACGAGCGAACAAACGUUUUAUUUAAGUUGAAUAAGAACGCGGUUAUUGCAUACAAUGGUAUCUCAUAUAAUUAUGGCAGUCCUUUUCAUAUUUCUUUGAGUAAACUACAAUCUGUUCAAUUAGAGAGUGUAUCAGACUUAUCCGGAUCUAUGAUAUUCGCUUCUAAACCAAUAACUGUUAUCUCCACCGUUGACUUAGGAAGACCUGGUUCUGGAAACUCUGAUAAAUUAGCGACAUUGCUUUUACCAGUCACCCAGUGGGGAAAACAAUAUAUAUUAACAACUGUCGGAUCAAUGAGUCAUCAUAAAGGAGAUAUUUUUAGAGUUUUUGCAUUUGAAAACAAUACAGUUGUUAAAAAUGCAUACGGCAGCCAACUCUUGUCUCCUGGUACAUACACAGAACUGAUAUUGGAUAAAAAUCUAACGUCGUUUAUUAACUGCAGUAAACGUUGUCAAGUCGUACAAUACAUUAUUGGGAAAAUUAUUGGUGGAAGAUAUGCUGACCCUUCAAUGAUAGUGCUUCCUUCGAUUAAACAGUUUUUACCAUACUAUCGUGUAAUGGCAAGUUAUACUUCAACUUACUUCAGUUCAGUAACAAUUACGAUUGAGAAACGUUAUACGAACGGUUUGUAUUUUGACGAAGUUCAAAUGUCUAAUUUAACCUGGUUGAAAGUAACGGGGACAAAUUACGUUUGGACAGUGGUUGGUAUGGCUGGAACAAAAGUUGCUACAGUUUAUCAUUCUUCACCGGCAGUAAAAUUUGGAUUGUUGGUGUUUGGAUGGUACUACUCUGAUUCUUACGCGUACCCUGGCGGAUUUGCACUUGAUCAAUAUUAUACAAAACAAGCGCAUAAAGUGGCAUCGAAAAUGACGACUUUUCGAGACAAACUGACAAACUACGGAAAUGAGUUUGUUGUGGGAUUUACAUCGUUAUAUCGGUCCGCGAGUGGUGGUCAAAUUGGAAUAGCUAUUGUGGCCCAUUUUGAUACGAACAUUACCAUUAAAACAGAAUCCGUGACUAAAUCAUUGAACGUAACUUUUCAUAUGAAAGAAGGAGAAUUUUUAAAAUAUAAUCUGCCGUUGUCUCUUCGAAUGAAUGGAAAACAAAGUAAUGGCGUGUUUGUUUCAUCAACAAGGAAUAUUUCAGUAACGUGUUUAGACUACCGGUACAGUUCCUAUGGUGGUGAUGGAUAUUUAGCGUUACCAACCUACGCACUGGGCAUCAUUUACGUUGUAGCAUCAUAUAAACCAUACGAUUAUUAUUCACGAGCAAAGAUCGGCAUUGUAGCUGCACACGAGCGAACAAACGUUUUAUUUAAGUUGAAUAAGAACGCGGUUAUUGUAUACAAUGGUAUCUCUUAUAAUUACGGCAAUCCUUUUCAUAUUUCUUUGAGUAAACUACAAUCUGUUCAAUUAGAGAGUCGGUCAGACUUAUCCGGAUCUAUGAUAUUCGCUUCUAAACCAAUAACUGUUAUCUCCAGCGUUGACUUAGGAAGACCUGGUUCUGGAAACUCUGAUAAAUUAGCGACAUUGCUUUUACCAGUCACCCAGUGGGGAAAACAAUAUAUAUUAGCAACUGUCGGAUCAAUGAGUCAUCAUAAAGGAGAUAUUUUUAGAGUUUUUGCAUAUGAAAACAAUACAGUUGUUAAAAACGCAUACGGGAGCAAACUUUUGUCUCCUGGUACAUACACAGAACUGAUAUUGGAUAAAAAUCUAACGUCGUUUAUUAACUGCAGUAAACGUUGUCAAGUCGUACAAUACAUUAUUGGGAAAACCAUUGGUGGAAGAUAUGCUGACCCUUCAAUGAUAGUGCUUCCUUCGAUUAAACAGUUUUUACCAUACUAUCGUGUUAUGGCAAGUUAUGCUUCAACUUACUUCAGUUCAGUAACGAUUAUGAUUGAGAAACGUUAUACGAACGGUUUGUAUUUUGAUGAAGUUCAAAUGUCUAAUUUAACCUGGUUGAAAGUAACGGGGACAAAUUACGUUUGGACAGUGGUUGGUAUGGCUGGAACAAAAGUUGCUACAGUUUAUCAUUCUUCACCGGCAGUAAAGUUUGGAUUGUUGGUGUUUGGAUGGUACUACUCUGAUUCUUGCGCUUACCCUGGUGGAUUUGCAUUUAAACAUUCUAAUAUAGUUUAUAACUGCAGUAAUCUUGGGUGUAACGGAAACUUUGUUUGCAAGAAAAUUGAUGGUUAUUUAACCUGCGCUUGUUCUGUUGGAUUUACUGGGGAAAACUGUGAACAACCUCAAGAAGUUGAUUGUCGCACUCAAGGUUGUGAGGAGAAUUAUGAAUGCCGAAUUUUUUAUGGCCAAUACACAUGUGUUUGCCAAGGCAGCUUCAUCGGAGCAAAUUGCACUAGAAAAACAGAGAUUGAUUGCCGAACUCAGGGUUGUGAAGAAGAUUAUAUUUGUCGUGUUCUGAAUGACCAAUACACAUGUGUCUGUCAAAAUGACUACACCAGGACAAAUUGCAGUGAAGACACAGAGGUUGAUUGUCGCUCUUCUGGUUGUGAAGAAAAUUAUGUUUGUCUUGUUUUGAAUGAUCAAUACACUUGCGUUUGUCAAAAUAACUACACCAGGACAAAUUGCAGUGAAAACACAGAGCUUGAUUGUCGGACAUACGGCUGUGGAGAAGAUUAUGUAUGUCGGAUUUUAAAUGGUGAAUACAGAUGCGUUUGUCAGAAUAACUACACCAGGACAAAUUGCAGUGAAAAGAUAGAGGUUGAUUGCCGAACUCAGGGUUGUGAAGAAGAUUAUGUUUGUCGAGUUUUGAAUGACCAAUACACAUGUGUCUGUCAAAAUAACUACACAAGGACAAAUUGCAGUGAAGACACAGAAGUUGAUUGUCGUUCUUCUGGUUGUGAAGAAGAUUAUGUUUGUCGAGUUUUGAAUGAUCAAUACACUUGCGUUUGUCAAAAUAACUACACCAGGACAAAUUGCAGUGAAAAAACAGAGAUUGAUUGUCGCAGUUAUGGCUGUGGGAGAGAAUAUGUUUGUAGAAUUCUAUAUGGUCGAUACACUUGCGUUUGUCAUAACAACUACACCAGCACUGAUUGUACCAAAAUAGUAGGUCAGUGUACCAGUACAAUAUUUCGUUUUGGCAUAAAUGUGCAUGUAUUUUAAUCUGUCUCCCAAAAGUCUUCAUAAGUACAUACAUGCAUGCACACCAGGUUUAGAUCACAGAUAUUUCGUAACUCCGAUGCCGAAGCAAAGACUUCGGUGGAGUUCAUGUUGGUCCUCCUUCAAAAUCUCGCAUAUUCCCAAAUCUUUAAAAGAUUUUGGAUUUAUUUAAACCGGGCAAACCAAAGACCUAACUUGCCCGAGGAAGUAUUAUUAUGCACCGUUGUUCUGAAAGGUGCAUAAAAAACUAAAUUGUUCCAGUUGAUGAAUUGUUGGAGCAAACCUCUUUGUAGAAUCCAAAGUGUUCUUUCAAUGAUAUUACAUUGAUCCUACACUUUGGAUGAAAAUUCGAGAAGGCUACGUACUCAUAAGUACAGAACCUCGCCAUUUUCGGGUCAAAAGAUGUGGUACUCGUGUGAAGAGUUCGCCGUACAUCACUUGUCCAGACGUUAUUGCGCUCAUUUCUAAAUCAAAUUUUGAUUUUGAAAUCGUGAUUUUGAAUUCAAGCCCAAUGAAAACGUAUACAAAUGUUGUAUACACGAAUAAUUUUGCAUUUCAGGCUUUCUCGAUUCUCACUUUAGCCACUUUGCCUAUUUGCACACUCAUUCAAACGCAGAGCGUAUAAUAUGCUAAUGCAGUGCUUGUCAUGAAAACACUAGUUAUUUGCACUGGAAGUGUGAAGCUCACUCGUUAUUCAGUACAUGGCUAUUCACGAGUUGCCUCACUGAUCUCACAGUAUACCGGGCUAUGAUUUGGGAUAUGGCGGUUUUAAAAAUUUGAUCGACUGUCGAGGUGUCGAACCGGAGUUGACUGGUGUUAUCUCAAGUUUUAUUUCAAGAUUUCUUCAUCUUUUUUUAUUUUUUAUCAUGCGCUAUUACUGGAAAACAUUUAUUGUAUGUGUCUUAGUGCUUCAUUGUAAUAACACUGUCUUCUGUCUACUGGUAGCCGGUAUACUUCAUGUUAAUUACAGUUGAGAUACUCACAGUUUGUUUUGGGACGCCUAAUUUUCUAGGUUUGAUAUUUAUGACAUAAAUCUUCUCAAUAACGGUAGGAAUAAUAAUAAUUCAUUCAGUUUCAUAAUUUUUCUAAUAUAUUUCUCCUCUUUAAUUUAUGCACGUCAUCAUCACCCCAUACAUUGAUGUGGAUCCAACAAGCACUAGUCAAUGGAUAUAAAAAUGCAAGUCUAUUCAUAAAUAUUCGCUUUUUUCAAUAACAAAAG